CCUCUUGCUGUAACUUGUAACCCUUUGUCGUCUGGAUUAGGGUUAAGGAUAUUAGGCGAAAGGUAUCUUCUCCUCAUCUUCUACACACAAACCCCUCGAUCAUGGAUAUGUUGAAGAAGCGACGUCUCGACGAGAACGGCAUCGGGCUCCUCAACGACGGACACGUCACCACAAUCUCGACUCGAUUAACCCCACACGACGCGAGGAAGAUCAUCGACCGAUUCUCCAACGAUCAGCUUCUCGACAUCUUACAAGAGGCCGUCGCUCGGCACCCCGACGUUCUCGAGCUCGUUAGAUCAACCGCCGACUCCGACAUCUCUCAGAGGAAGCUAUUCAUCCGCGGCCUCGCGGCGGAGACCACGACGGAAGGUCUCCGAUCGCUUUUCUCCACGUACGGAGAUCUUGAGGAGGCGAUCGUGAUUCUCGAUAAAGUUACGGCGAAAUCGAAAGGGUACGGGUUCGUGACGUUCAAGCACGUGGACGGAGCUCUCCUCGCUUUGAAGGAUCCGUCCAAGAAGAUCGACGGGCGCGUGACGGUCACGCAGCUCGCGGCGGCGGGGAAUCAAGGGACGACGGCGCAUGUUUCGGAUAUAUCGACGAGGAAGAUAUAUGUGGCGAAUGUGCCGUUUGAAAUGCCUGCGGAUAGGUUGUUGAAUCAGUUUCUUGCUUAUGGAGAUAUCGAAGAAGGGCCUUUGGGUUUUGAUAAAGUUACUGGGAAGUCACGGGGGUUUGCUUUGUUUGUGUAUAAGACUUCUGAAGGUGCUCAGGCUGCGCUUGCUGAUCCUACAAAGGUUGUUGAUGGGAAGCAUCUGCAGUGUAAGUUGGCUAUAGAUGGGAAGAAAGGAAAGCCGCCUGGGCAAGACGGUGGUGCUGGGCCUGGAGGACAUGGUCAAGGUGAUGGAAUGGGGAUGGUGCCUCCUCCUGGGCCUUAUGCUGGUGCUCACGGUGGACCUGGUGGGAUGGGUCCUUACGGUGGGUACUCGGGAGGACCACCGCCGCAUCAUAUGAAUUCCACACCAUCUUCUAUGGGUGGUGCUGCUGCUCCUGCUGGAGGAGGUGGUUAUGGAGGUGCGUAUGCUGGUCAUUAUGGUGGAUACGGUGGUGCAGGAUCUGGGGGUUAUGGAUCAAUGAGUGGUGCCGGUGGGGGUUAUGGUGGGCCUGGUGGUGGAAGUGGUCCGUAUAGAAUGCCGCCGAGUUCGAUGUCCGGUGGUGGUUAUCAAGAGAGUGGGCAUUAUGGGCAUUCGUCAGCUUCAGCAUAUCCUGGACAGCAUCCGCCUGUUGGUUCCUCCACAGUGCCGAGAAUUCCUCUUGGAGGAAUGUACCCCAACGGUCCACCAAAUUACUGAAUGAGAUUUACUUUCAAUGGUCGUCUGAGGUUUUAUGUCAGAAACUUGUCCUUUAACGGCUUUGUUUGGGUGGAAUAUUCUCUGAAGACAAAUACUUGGAUCCUUCAUGUCCCCAAACAGACUAGUCUGUGUCAUUGUUAGGAAUCAUGUGUCCACACUAACUUGUGACCACGUCUUCUUGAUUUACUCGGCUUUUGUUGUUUUUUUCCUUUUUAUUUGGCGAUUUUCUGGUGCGACCGAGUUGUGGCAAAGAGAUAUCAUUUCGUUGUAACAUGUAAUUGAAUAUUGUGUUGUUACACUUUGUACUUUGCUAGUGUUUAAUCACCUGGUUUGGGGUUGAUUUAAUUUUUUGAUUA